ACCUCGACCGAGGCUUGGCAGGGACAGGCCGACAAGAUCUAAGAUCUUGAACAUCAAGCAGACCAAAACUCUCCUUUCCCAACGAUUUCUUUGACAAGAGAUGGGGAAUUUUGAACUCCAAAAAACGCAAAGCGCGGACAUGGAAUCCCAAUCGCGGGUUUACAACUCAAUCUCCCACCCCUUCCUCUUCCUUUUCCAGAUUGUUCAAUGGCUCCUCGACAAGCUCCUCUCCCCGAACCCUCCCGGACCCAGCACGCGCCUCGGCCGUCCCAGGAUCGCCGUCAUUGGCGCGGGCAUCACCGGAGUCACCAGCGCAGCACACUGCAUCGGCCAUGGCUUCGACGUGACCAUCUUCGAAGCCGGUAAUUCCGACCAGCUGGGUGGCAUCUGGAGCCGCGUCAACAACACCUCAUCGCUCCAAAUUCACUCCAUCAUGUACCGCUUCCACCCGUCCGUCAAGUGGGAGCGCGGCUACCCAGACCGCCAGCAGAUUCUCAGCCAAGUCCGCGAGCUGUGGCACCGCUACGGCCUCGAGUCGCGCACCCGCUUCAACACCAAAGUCGACCACGUCUAUCACGACAAGGGAGGCCUCUGGAUCGUCAACGACCCGUCGCAGGGCACCUUCGACGGCAUCAUCUCGGCCAUCGGCACCUGCGGCGAACCCAAGAUCCCACACAUGCCGGGCAUGGACAAGUUUCGCGGUGAGAUCCAUCACUCCAGCCGUCUAACAGGCGCAUGCUCGGCCAAGGACAAGACCAUGAUCAUCAUCGGCGGGGGAGCCAGCGCGGUCGAAGCGCUCGAGUUCGCGCACGAAGAAGGCGCCAAAAAGAUCUACAUCCUCGCGCGGAGCGACAAAUGGAUCAUUCCGCGGAAUCCGAUCUGGAACAUGCUGCUCGCGAUGAACCUUUUUGGGCAGGAGACUUUCCUGAGUUGGAUUCCUGAGCUGUUGCUGCGCAAGAUGUUUUACCGUGAUCUCGAGGACCUGGCGCCUGCGAACAAGGGGAUUUUUACCGACACCCCAAUGGUGAAUUCGGACAUCAUGGAGAAGCUGAGGUCGAAGAGGGCCGAGUGGAUUCGAUGCGAUAUCGAGGGUUUCACCGAGAGGGGCGUCAAGAUCAACCGCCGCGCAAAGGGGGUUCCGGCCGGUGGCCAGGGACGGCAGGACGAGAUUGAGGGUGAUGUGGUGGUCAUGGCGACGGGGUUUGCGAGGCCGAAACUGGACUUCUUGCCGGAUUCUUGCUUCGACGAGCCGUAUGACCCGCCGAACUGGUAUCUCCAGACAUUCCCACCCAACCACCCGUCCAUCUCUUGUAUCAACAGCACUUAUAAGAACGCCAUUGGGACUGUUGGAAACUGGCACAUCGGGAUUUACACCCGUAUCCUUUUGAUGUUUCUGGUUGAUCCACUAACCCGACCGAGCCCUUUUUGGAUGAAAAGGUGGAUUGACAUGACGAGGAUGCUAAAGAUGGCCUCUCCUGUGGGGCCAUUCGACUUUUUCACCUAUCUCGAGUUGGUGUGGUGGUUCGCUUUCUGCGUGGCAUUUAACCCAUUUCGCUGGAAGUGGGCAUUGUUUGUCUUCUUUGGCCUGGGCUUCAUGCUGCCCAGGCAUGUGGUAGCAGCAGAAGACAGAAUCCGCAACGGACUGGGCGUGCGCGCUGAACGGAACAGCGGUGAGGACGUCGGCCUGAGCUUGUGAGUGGAGGCCGACCGGGGCGGUUUAGAAUUAGCCCUGCUGGGAAGGAAGGAGAGGUGGAAAAGCCUAUAGCACGAAACUCCAUCGACGAGUCCGAAUGUCCUCGCGCGCGGGGCGAAGACGGCACUCGGGACCAUAGAGAGCGGCUGUUUGAGUCUCAAAUGGUG